AUGCGUAGAUCGGCGAGUGGUUCUAGAGUUUCCGAUCAAUUUCCGGCGAAUUCUCCGGGUCGAUCUCAGAGUGUUACAGCUAUGGAAGAAGAUGUGGAGCUGCUUUUGCCAAGAUUUGACCCGAAUUCUCACGCAGGGAAGAGAGAGAAAUGGAGAAUCAGAUUUGCAGAAAAUGUAAUCCAUUUCAUUCCAUUGAUUCUUCUUCUCUGCGUCGUAAUCCUCUGGCUCUUCUCUCAUUCAGGUAACGUCUAA